GUUUGUUCAACACUGUAGUUCGGACUUCAGACACACGUACGGAAGCAACUUCAAAUCCGCCAGCUCGUAUCGUCGGAGUCUUGCGUCAGUCUCUCCCUCUUUCUCUCGCUAUAAGCUUUUGACUCGAUCAAAAUCCCCUUUAUGGUCGCCGGCAGCUGGCGGAGCUCGCCGGAAUCACAAAUGUCCACAGCGGACGGAAUCCAGUCUCUUCCCUUCAAACCCAAGCCAAUACCGACGGACCGCUUGCCCUUCUCCGCCAUUAGGGGCGGUGAUGACGUCAAUGUCCUGAACCCACCGGCCGCUGCCAGAGGAAGAGCCUCAGGAGCACGAGAAUUGACGGGCGGGUUCCGGGAGAGAUCGUCGGUUCUUCUGCCCGGAUCGUCGGAUUUCUUCUCAAACACGGGCGUCACCAUCGCUGCGACCGUGGACGGAGAAGCGGCGUCCAUUGGCGCCAGAGACGGGGGGUUUGACGUGUGCGCGCCUGUGCCGGUCCAGGUGGCUCCCCCGGCGAAGCGAAACUCCGAGCUGGUGGCAGCGGGUGUGCCGGACUGGUUGCCGGAGGGUUGGCUCAUAGAGUUCAAGGUCAGGACAAGCGGGGCUACGGCAGGAACGAGGGAUAAGUAUUUCUAUGACCCAGUUUCAAAUAGGCGUUUCCGUUCCAAAAAAGAGGUGUUUUGCUUUCUUCAAACUGGAAAACUUGGACGAUACAAGCCUAAAGUGCGGUUAAAUGAAUCAGAUGCUAAUUCGACUGACAAAGAUCUUUAUGCUGGUUUAAGCUCCAAGCGAAAAAGAUUUGAUUUUCUUAGCAGACCAGCAAAAGUAAGAUGGGUUCUUGAUGGAUCAGAAACAUCAUGGACACCAUUUAUAGAUGAACAAGAGGUGCCUGAAUCAAGCAAGCGAGCAUGGAUGGCUGUGCUUGAUCUUCAUGACAAUGACUUUGAUUCUUUUGAAGGAUAAUACCAAGUUGGCACAAUUCCAAUUCGGAAGAACUCACGCCGAAGCUUUUCACUUGGGAUAUUGUUGUUCAAGGCUGAAAUCUGCAAGUUGAGCUCCCAUGUAUUAGAGGUGGACAUAUCGAGCUUGGUGUUAAUUCCAUAAAAUUUUGCAAUUUUCGUUAUGAUCACUCGACCAAAAGAUUGAGUGAUGAAUGCUACUCAGAUGUAACUCAAGUACUCAACGGCAGCUGCAGGAUGGCCUCCAAGAACUUGUAUGAAAAGAAAGCUCAUGUAUUCUGUAAUAUGGUCCUCACAAAUUAUGAAAAGAAUCUUCCUUCUUUAAUAUUAAA